AUGUUGACUAUGAUUUAUGCGAGAGCACUCGGAGAGACUGAAUACCAGCGCAAUGAAAUUGCAAGGCUGGCCCAAGUGAAGGAGAUUAUCAGUGAACUGAAGGGCAAUGAACAUGCAAGGCUGAUUGAAGAGAUUGAAGCUAUCCGUGAAGAGAAGAACAAUCAAAUCGUAAGGCUGACAAACAUGUACAGAAGACGGGAGAUAUCCCGUGAGGAUCUCUACUCAACACGUAUGGCUCGACUCUCUGAAAGAUUAGCCUGCCUCGAAGCAGAACGCGUUGCAACUCUGAACAAUAGGGAUUUGAUCGAGAUCGGCAUGCUACGAAUCCACCGCAAUAUAAGCAUACGCAAAGGCAUCAGGAAAACUGUACGCAAUCACCUACUGAUGGGCAAGGACUCUUUAAGCCUGAGCAAUCAUUCAAAACAAGUGUGCCAGGACCUGGCCCAGUACGACUUUGGUCUAGAUGAGAGGUCAGUUGCAGAAGCACUGACGAACCUGAUGCUCGAGAUCUCAACAUCGCUCCAUGGCCAAGUCUUUCUACUAAACGAACCGCCAGGGUGCUAUGUAGGAGGAUCGCCACCGUUUGCGAAUGAUCCGAUGGUCUAUCUGGUGGAUGGAUCGAAGAAGCAGAGGUGUACACUUCAUCAAGGUAAGGUUUUACCACUGGUUGCCCCCACCUGGGCUUUUGAAGCCUCGAAGCCGGAGGAAUGA